GCCAGAACAAGAAUCUCAUACAACUAAUUCUGCUAACAAAGAAGAAAACCCAUACUUGCAAGAUGAUAUACCUAUUACUGGCAGUGCAGGCUUACAAGAAAAUGGUUUAACACAAGAAGAACAAAAUGGGCCUUUGUUAUCUUCAAUGGAAAUAGACAAUAACAAAAGAAACUCUACACUAAGUAAAGAUAAGGACCUCUCACCUGACCCAGUACUAGCACCUUGA